AUGACGAAAGAAUCAGGUCUAAAUAGUGAUGAAAUCGAAGCUAGAGAUGAGGAUUUAGACGAAGAGUUCAACGAUGUCGACAUGGCAUCUUCGUCGCAAGGUGACGAGAGAGCCAAAACCUCUGAUGCUCCGCAGGUGGAAACUUCUCUCCCCAGCGGUUCCUCGCACGAUCUUCCUAAUCUCACAAGAAAGGAUAAAACCUUACAAGAAAUGCUUGAAUUAAUGACAGGCGAUUUUCUGCCUAUCAUACCGGACGGAGUAACAGAUUACUACCUAGCGAGAAAUGGCUUUGAGACUACAGACAUCAGAGUCAAGAGGUUACUUGCACUCGCUACCCAAAAGUUUGUUUCAGACAUAGCUCAAGAUGCCUAUGAAUACUCUAGGAUCAGAAGCUCAUCAGCUGUUUACAACUCUUCCAACCCGCAAGUAAGAGCCAAACAGCUUCUACAAGGACAACAAUUUGCAAAUCAGCAGAAUAGUGCCGCUAGUGGUAACGUUGAGAAUACUGAGCAGCUGCAGCCUCAGCUGCACUUUAAUGCUGGGCAUCAGCAGGGAAAAAUCGUGCUCACAAUGGAGGACUUGAGCAAUGCUUUAAACGAAUAUGGCGUCAACACGUCAAAGCCUGAUUUUUAUCGCUGA